AUGCACAUUUUCCCUGAAUGCUGUAUAUGUAGAUUAAGCUUAAAAAAUAAUUUGUGUGUUGAAAAAAAUUGCGGUAAUGUUUUUCAUUAUAGCUGUGUAAAAAAAUGGAUAUCUGUUCAAAAAACUUGCCCGUUAUGUAAAUGUGUGUGCUAUAAAAAAAAUUUACUAUAUAUCCAUUACGAAAUAAAUGAAGAUAAAAAAUUAAAAGUUGAUGAUAGCACAAUUAAUAAAAGUAAGGAUGAGCUAUAUGAAGAUUUAAUAAAAUUUGAAACAGAACUGAUAAAGGAACAAAAUGAAAAAGAGAAAUAUAGCUUAGAAAUAUUAACCUUAACAAAUAAAAAUAAAAUAUUAACUGAUACAAUAAGUAAAAAUAAUAUAAAAAUAAAAGAAGAUGAAUUUGAAAAAUCAAAAUUAAAAGAAUUAAAAGAUGAAUAUUUAAAGGAUAAAAUAUUACUUUCUACAAAAGUUGAAGAAUAUGAUAAAGAAUUAAAAAAAUAUAAAACAAUUGAAAAAUAUUUAGACAAACUAAAUAAAGAAGAUUUAAAUAAAUUUAAUUUACUAUUUGGAUUAAAUGUAUUAACUUUAGAAGAACAACAAAAUGUUAUUUUAAAUUAUAUAAAAAAUUGUUUAGAUAUACAAAAAAAUAAUGCAUGUCUUGUUAAAAAUUUAAAAAAAGAUAUCAAUGAAAAGAAUAAUCAAAUUCAAACAUUGAAAGAAAAAUUAUAUAAAUAUAAAUUGGAUGGAGGUAUAACAGAUAGUAAUGAUAACCAAUUAUCAAAUGAUGAAAGUGAUUCAAAAAAAAAAAUUAUAAUUAAAAAUAAAAUUAUUAGACGAGUUAAAACUUUAGAUUCAGACAAUGAAAAUAAUACACCAAAAAAAAGAUAUAUCUUUAGUUCAAAGCCAAAAAUGUUGAGUAAUAAUAUACAAAAUAAAAAUAAUGAUUUUAUUAAUUUUAUAGAUAAACAAAUUAACAAUUCUUAUUCCUCUGAACAGUUAAAUACUACACCAAGUACCUCAAAAACACAAACAAUUGAAAUGAACUUAUUUAAAGGCAAAUCGGUUGAAAAAAUUUUUGAUAGCAUUCCAAAUAAAAAAGAUUUUUCAGCUAACAAUGAAAAUAAUAAAAUCAAUAAUUUCGAAGAUAAAAAAGAUAUACAUGAAAUAUACUCUAUUCCUACUGAUUCUAGUAAUACUACCACUCCAAAUAAUAACAUAAUAACUAAAACUCCUAUCUCUCCAGCAUUAAAACGUAUAAAUAUAUAUAAAAUAAAAAAAAAUAAAAAUAGCAAAUUGCUUAUUAAACAAUCAACAAAAAUAACGGAUUUUUUUAAAAAAGUAUAA